AGUCUUGUAAAGAAGUCUCGGGUUCUAUCUAACAACCUCUUAUCCCUUUAAUUGGCAGCUAUCUAGCGAGAAAGACUCGUGCUUAAGUAGGUAGCAGGCUGCACAUGUCAAUUGAAGGUGCUCUUAGCUACUUGCUAUGUAGGUAGGUACCUAGCUAGCAUUGACAAGAAUAAAAAGUGACACGCACGUGCUGUAUAUCAGAACCUUUUUAUCGAUCAUCGAAUCAGACGUACGAAGUAUUUCGUUGCAGAAAACGCCUGGGGGUGGGGCUGUGCCUGUCAAUAUCGCUUGGUUUCAUCACUCAGCCUCGCGUAAAGGCCGAUUCAACUACCCCAUGACAUUUACAAUCGUUUCUGCUUUUCAAUGAUAAUAAAUACCCACGAGCUAGCAGUUUAAGUCUUGUUCCAAUAGUACCUAGGUAGCUAAAAGCCAUGGCAGGUGUCGGGGAAGCUUCUACCAUCGCGGGACUAUUCUCGCUUGGUAUCCAAGUAACAACCGUGCUGUACUCCGUCGCAGACGGCAUCGGUGCCGCCGGCGAAGAAGUGCGCAAUGUCGCCAGAGACGUGGAUUCGGCGACGCAGAUAAUGAGGACGAUUCAAGGCGUCCUCGACAAGCAGCCGCACGUCAACGACGAAAUCGGCGGCGUGGUGAAACGUAUCAUGGACAUCUGCGACCAGAUCUUCAGGAUAUACGACGUUCUGCAGAAAAGUCUUGUCCCGCUCCUGGAGCGCUUCCGGGAUAGCGAGAAGAAGCUCGAACAAUUCGGCCUCCGGCUCAAAUGGUAUUUCCGGAGCAAGGAGAAGGUUACGGGUUUUAGACACUCUCUGCAACAGCAGAUUGCGAUGCUGACGCCGAUCUUGACGCUCCUGACUAUUGAUCGGAGCGGUGCAGUGCACAACAAUUAUUAUGUGCAAAAUAUUCAAGUCAAAUAUAUCUUGGAAAACAGUACGGCGAAUCUACAACAUAAUUCUAGUAACGAGUCACGGCAGCAAGCUUCAACAUAUUCGUCUCACUCAACACUCCUGCCAUCAGGCAGAGACGCCAGCAGAGGUAGACCCAAGUCAAAUGGGACUUCUGCCGCAAGGGAAGAUGAUGAAGUGACAGUAGACAGCAGCCAGAAGACAUCUACUGCUACUGCCGAAACAUCAAGUAGCCAGACUGCCUUGAUUCGGUACUAUUCAUCUGACAAGAACGACGAGAGACUUCCUCAGGAAGAAGCCGAAGAGAUCGACCAGGAAGUCGUGGAAACGCUUAAUAGAAGCCUGGAUAUCAUACCCAGCAAAAACAUCGAAUUCGUCACAAUAGAAACGUAUUCCGUGGAGAUACAGUUUUCCAGACUCGUGCGGCAGAUAUUAGUCGACCUGGAGAACAAGAACGCACGAAAAAGCUCAGCGGACGAAGAUCCGUCUUUAGUUAGCGUUUUGAAGCCCGAGCCCAAGGUCUCGGUUCGAGAAGAGAAAUGGACGAAGAUAAACAAACCAGACGGGACGUGGAGCGUAUUUCCAGUCGACACAAUUGAUACGACCAAUGUAAGGGUCAUUCCAACUUGCAUUUCCUAGCUUCUUAGUGUCAUUAGGGGGCGUUCCCUCGGCUAACUACCUACUUGUUUAGAAAUUCAUCCUUGCACUCAACGACUUGGAUUAUGAUAUUUGCUGUCUCGAUUACUUCGGGAAUGCAAAUAAUGCGGCGGAAAGGUUCCGAAAGUUUAGGUCGAACCCUGACGAUGUCACUCUGGAUUAUGAUGCCCUCGAGUGUGUGCUUAGAUUCCAUCAGAUCAAGAUUGUCGAUUCUGAUGGCUCGGUCAUCAUCCCGAGGUUAUGGGAGAGGCACUCUUGUCAAGCAAGGACUAUCUCCCUGAUAAGUACAAAGCGAGGCCUAUUACCAAAACUAACACCUGCGGAGGUCCCUAGUUUGAAGGGGAUGGGGUUGCUGAAACGACUGAGAAAGAUAUUAGGAGUUUAGUUGAUAAAAUGGACGUCUCCCUUUCAACUCCAUUUAGAUAAGUAGUUCUCGUGAAGUCAUAAGCCUUGUAGAUCUAAAUUUAACUUGGAAAAUUGGAAGAUAAUCCUGAC